UUUUUCCAUCUGCACAAGACAGCAACCGUCAAGCAUAAAUAGAUACUCCCAGUUUGGCAGGAGAAGCGUUGUUGAAACACGCCUCCCAACCCCCUUUCCUGUUUCAUGCACACUGAUUAUCCUCUUUGUUCUAAAAUUACACAACAGUAUCAAAGUUGCUGGUGACGCAAUCCCAGUUUGCUUCUUUACUCUCUUGAGAAAAAUGUCAACAGUCAAGAUCUACACUGUCGCUCAGCUACCGUCAUUACCACAUGAGAUUCAGCAUAAAGUUUUUGAGCGUUUGUCAUUUGAUGAAUGCAAGAGAUGCAGCCAACUGUCAAGAGCAUGGCGAUCGGCAGUACUCAAUUGGCCAGGAAUGUGGAGGUGUCUACAGAUGAACAAAAAGUUCAGAUACUUUCAAAUCCAUUGCGACCGUAUCGAAAAGUCAGCGUUGAAGGGUAUCGACAUAGACACUUAUUCUGGUAAAACCAUACUUUGGAUCAAACUAGUCAGCUUUUUAGCCAAGCAAAAUUUCAAUGCAAUCAACUGGGCAAGGUUGAAAAUCGAUUUUCUGUCAAAAGACACCGCGCUGAUGUUCCUCAACACGUGCGGGAACGCGCUUUCAUACUUGCACAUUUCCUUGCACUUAGCACGAAAAGUCGACUUUGCGGCGAGUGUCGGCCCAGACAUGUUCGUUCAGAAAUGUCCCAACUUGACGAAACUGACAUUCAUUGGACCCAUUGCCGAUGUAACCGAGUGGAGACCUAGCACUGCGUUGAAGAACAUAAAGCACCAGCGUCUUACCGAUUUGGCGCUCGUUAUCUCCAAUAUUCACGACAAUAUGGAUAUCGUGACGUUUCUUAAAGCUGUGCCAAAACUCAAGUACCUGGCCGUAUCAUAUAACAUCGCGCACACAACCUCUGAUCCAUCGUUUCCGAUGGAACUACAGCAAUAUUGUCCAGACCUAGCUACUAUCGUCAUUUCUGACAGUCAUAUAAGCCCAUAUGGUUUUCUAGAUACUUACGACGAAUAUAAACCAAAAUGUGCGCAGUAAAAUCCGGUUCCUCAACAUUUCAGGCUCUGCUCUGUUUGAACCUCGUUUGCAACAACUUAAUCCAGCUGUUCCCCGUCUGAUCGAGUACACAUUUCCAUCAUUGACUCGUCUGGACCUUCGUCGUGUAAACACAACAG